GAGGAUGGCAUUCCCUGUGGACAUGUUGGAUAAUUACAGUCAUGAAGACUUGGAGAGUUCUGCAGAAGACUACAUGUCUGAUCUUCGAUGUGGGGAUCCAGAGAAUCCAGAGUUUUUGUCUCUUGUCAGCAACAUCAAAAUUCCUAUUAGCUUGUCAACUAUAGGCUUCGUUCCUCUUUACGGUGGAGAUCAGACACACAAAGUUCUUGCUUUAUUUGCACCUGAGGACUCGCUCACAGCUGUAGCCUUGUAUCUUGCUGACCAAUGGUGGGCCAUCAAUGAUAUUGUGAGAACAUCUAUCCCUUCUAGAGAAGGGCUCCAGCAGGUGAAGACUCUUGGAGAGAGGGUGGUUCUGUAUGUUCUGAAUCGAAUUAUUUAUCGCAAACAAGAAAUAGAGCGAAAUGAGAUCCCCUUCCUCUGUCACAGCAGCAAUGACUAUGCUAAGAUUCUGUGGAAAAAAGGAGAAGCCAUUGGGUUCUAUUCUGUUAAACCUGCAGGAAGCAUAUGUAGCUCCUAUCUUACCCAAAGCUAUCAGCUUCCAGUGCUGGACACAAUGUUUGUGAGAAAGAGACAUCGUGGGAAAGAUUUUGGGUUAAUGAUGUUGGAGGAUUUUGUGGAUUCCUUUACUGAAGACACACUUGGUCUUCGCUACCCACUGUCAUCCUUCAUAUAUACAGCUUGUAAGCAAUAUUUUGAAAAGUACCCAGGGGAUCAUGAUCUUCUAUGGGAAGUUGAAGGAGCAGGACACUGGUUCCAGAGAACACCUAUUACCAGUGUAUUGCAGAGAGAAACACUCAAAACUACAGGAGGCUCUCAAAAAGAAAACAACAGUUCCCAGACUGAGGAGUGUUUUCUGCCGUCUGCCAUGGAAUCUGAAACGGGAAGCGAACAAAGUACAGAGAUUGAAACGCAGCUAAGGGUUGAUUCUCAAAAAGGCAAAGACAUCUUAGAUGCCCAGGCAAGCACUUCUGAAGAGCUUGAUGUUACGCCAGUUUCCACUCGAACACGAAGCAGUCAUUUAAAACGUCCCAGGAUAGGAAAGAGGAGCCAGGAAUCUGAAACUGAAACUCCUUCAGGAGAGGAUGAAAACCUUCUUUGGAUAUCAGGAAGCAGGUUGGAACCUGUAGCACAUACAUCUGAAAGCUCAGAAGAGUUAGUAGAAGAAUCUGAAGAAAAUGUAGUUGAAAAUGAAGAGGAAACAGUAGUUGAAAAUGAGGACCAGUUAGUAUUGGAAACACAAGAGUUCUGUAUAUCACCACCUGAGAAACAAGAUGAGAAAGAGGAAACUGAAUCAGAGCCACUCAAUGGUGAGCUAACAGAAGCGACUAUCAAAACAUCACUCAUGACUGAAGAGGAAACAGCUAGUGAAAUACUAGAUGGUGAUUCAAAAUUACAGUCUGACAAUCCAGAAGAAGAAUCUUUAACUCUGUUUGUUCCGUUAAUCCUUGACUCUUCAGCGAAAUCUUCUGAAGACACUGCAUCAGAUAAGGUUAUGAACACUACUGAUUCAGAAAUACCGAUGGAGGAAAGUGUAUCUAUGGAAAAAGAGGGCAUUGAAGAGGAGCAGCAAGCAGCCCAAAGGAAGAAAUCAUCUGAUGAAAGUGCAGAUACUGUAGCUUCAGUGCCAAAAGAAGAACCAUCUGAUAAUGGCCUUUCAAACUCUGUGGUAACUGAAGCACUAGAAGAAUCAGUUUCUGAAAAUGUGUCACCCAAAGCAUCGUCUUCCUUGGAAGAGCAAAGUGAGGAAGCAGGGCAUGACUCACAAGAAACCCCUGUUGUCCUUGGUCAGAGUUCUUUGAUAGUGGUUGAACUUGAGGAUGUGUCAUUCCAGCAACAUUCAGAAGGACAAAAGAACCAAUCAGAAGAGCAGUCUGAGGAGUCUUCUGAACAGAUGGAUCAAUACACGCAGACAGCGGCAGAGAGAGCUGCUGACAGCAGCUCAGAAGAAACAGAAAUUGAGGUACCAAUAGUAGAUCGGAGGAAUUUACGAAGAAAGGCCAAAGGAUACAAAGGACCACCCAAGAAGAAAGGAAAGCCAGCUUAACAAUGAAGUCGCUUGUUAAUCCAGCUAUUUGUAAGUUAUUAUUUCAUUUAAAAUAGGGUAUUCUUAAAUCGCAUGGGACACAGGAUACACAAGUAUUCAGAAGUUUGGGUUGGACUUCCCUUCGGGAUUCACCACCUUUCCUCAAUUUUUCUUGAAUUUUUAACCACUAUACAAUGAGCUUCAUCAGGGUAUGGAAGUAAAUGGCCAGUCUUCUCCUUUAUAAAGGAUAAAUGCUGAAUAAAUGGAACAGUUGUGCUAGCAAAGCAACAAAAUUUACAUUUAAGAUUAGAAUUGUUAGAAGAAAAUACCAUCUGUGAAAUCCUAAACCCAUUGACUUCAGUGAGGCCAGGAUUUCACAUCAGAUGUUUAUAAAAUUGUCUUUUCUGCUUAAGGAAAAAAAAACAGGACUGAGGGGGAAAAACUCACAUAGACUACCAGAGAAUAGAGUAAAAGACUAUAUGGCAUAAAUAUUGAUCUCAAGAUGAAGGGAGUAUACACAAGAACUUACUCUUACAACUUAAUGGUCCAAAAUAACAUGAACAGUGCUAUCUAUUUUUUCUCUAGUAUUGUUUUAGGUGAACUGAUUUUCCACCCCUACUUCCAAAUCCCAUUUACUAUUCAUUUGAAAGAGAAACAGCUGAGUCCAUGAUCUGAAGCACUGUCAAAACAAUGUCUAGCAUUGUACAAUACAAUAAUGAAGCUUUUUAGUGGAGCAUUAAUGAUGCUUAUAUGGUAAGUUAUACAUUUAUCGUUUCAAAAUUCAAUGUUAAGCAUACAUUUUACAGCAUCUACUUUUACUUGUGUUGAGCUGCCCAUACAUUUACAGAACUGUUUGAACUGCCACCCCAUGUGCAUGUGCUGAUUUGGUUCUUGAUCAUUUACCUUUGUGUCACAGUGCAGAAAAUAAUCCUUUAGCUGGAAAUGGGCUGAUUUUAAGUUAAUAGGGAAUGCUACCUGGUAUCUUCCAAAUACUUAGCUGGUACAUUCAGCAGCCGUUAGAUGUGAUGUCUAUCCGGUGCAAGACUCCUGUGAGCCCAGAAAUUCCACGUAUACCAUGACAUUUCAUUAGUGUAAAGUAAACAUUAAUCGGAGUUGCAGCAAACAUCUGUGUAUGCCAAAUUAUUGUCUUCGUGCAACUACCAGGAGAUUGUUGCAGUUAGAUGAAAAAGUGAAGUAGCCCUGACUCUGCUGUAAUUCCUGGGAUAACACCUUUCCAGUUUGGUUACUUGGAUAGUAACACCCAAGCUUGCAGCAUUCAGACAGACAGACAGAGAGUAGGCAGGAAAAAACCCAGACCAUUCAUCCGUGUUUCCGAAUAGUCCCUUUUACGCUAUCUUCAGUGAUAUCUCUAACACAUUUGACUCAAAUUGCAAUGUCAGACAUCAAUUAUAUAUUUUUAAAUCGCCGUUUAUUUCUGUCCAAUAAUGAAGCUCCUGCAAUAAUGGGUAAAAAUUCAGGAAUAAGUAAGAACAGUGGUGCAUGCACAGAAAGGAAGAAAUGUGACUAUUUGUACUCUUACAUAUUUUAUAAGAUAGAUGAGCAAAAGUUGGCACCUACAUGUCUCAAAAUUAAAGGUACCUACUUAUUUCUCUUUAGGGUUUAUAAAUAAAAGGUUCACUUGAAUAACAUCAAUGAUCUUUUAAUUUUUAUCCUCUAUGAAACAAAUAUAAGAAUCUGCUUUGAUUUUAUGGAUGUACAGUUUAACUUUUUAGAUAUUUUCUUAUCUUAUUUAGCUGGUGAAACACCCUUGUUCUUUUAAACUGUUUUCACUCACUUUAAAAUGAGGGUGCAGGUUUUUUUAGAGGCUUGUAUUGCAUAUGCUCUGGAACUGGGGUGCAUAGAAUCAUUGAGCUAUAUUUGGAUUUCUUAAAAUGUUGCAACUUUUCCUGUCAAUGUACAUUUGUUGUAUAUGAACAUUGUGGAUGAGAGGUAUAAGCAGAACUUUUCUUGAUUGUUUAUAAAUAUUCAAGUGAACCUUCAGGCUUUCUAAAACCAAUUAAACAUUUUCUAUAAAGCACACAAGAAAAACCUUCUGUUAUGUAUGCUGUGGCUUCUCUUUUAGCGCUAAGAUUGUUGUAAAAACAGACAGCUGGAAAACACUACAUUUUAUUGUUGCAAGAAUUGAACUUGUUAGGGGGCAGGGAGUUGAUCUAAAAAGAUGUUUUUUGUGUACAGUAAAUUUUAAAAAGUGGAUGAUAUGAAUGUUAGGCUGUUAGUUGAAAAGAGUUAAGCUUUGGGAAAGAGUAAUGGACUCGUGUACUUCAGUAGAUACUUACAAAAAUAUCUUUUAAUUAAAACUCACUUUCAUUUUCAAUUGUGUUAAACAACAGCAUUUUUCAGACCAUGCACCCUGGCUUGCUGCA